CAGGGAGCCCGCCACGGCCGCGCCCCGGGCACGCUCGGCGGCGCCCAACGAUGACCGCUCCCUGGCGGCGCCUCCGGAGUCUGGUUUGGGAAUACUGGGCCGGGCUCCUCGUGUGCGCCUUCUGGAUCCCGGACUCGCGCGGGAUGCCCCACGUCAUCCGGAUCGGAGGAAUCUUUGAGUAUGCGGACGGCCCCAACGCCCAGGUCAUGAACGCCGAGGAACACGCCUUUCGAUUUUCUGCCAACAUCAUCAACAGGAACAGGACUCUGCUGCCCAAUACAACCUUGACCUAUGACAUACAGAGGAUUCACUUCCAUGACAGCUUCGAGGCAACCAAAAAGGCCUGUGACCAGCUGGCGCUGGGCGUGGUGGCGAUCUUCGGGCCGUCACAGGGCUCCUGCACCAACGCCGUCCAGUCCAUCUGCAAUGCCCUGGAAGUGCCCCACAUACAGCUGCGUUGGAAGCACCACCCGCUGGACAACAAGGACACCUUCUACGUGAACCUCUACCCCGACUACGCCUCGCUCAGCCAUGCCAUCCUCGACCUGGUCCAGUACCUCAAGUGGCGGUCGGCCACCGUGGUCUAUGAUGACAGUACAGGGCUCAUCCGACUGCAGGAGCUCAUCAUGGCCCCAUCAAGAUACAACAUCCGCCUGAAGAUCCGUCAGCUCCCCGUCGACUCUGACGACUCGCGCCCCUUGCUCAAGGAGAUGAAACGAGGCCGGGAAUUCCGCAUUAUCUUCGACUGCAGCCACACUAUGGCAGCCCAGAUCCUCAAGCAGGCCAUGGCCAUGGGCAUGAUGACUGAGUACUACCACUUCAUCUUCACCACUCUGGAUCUCUAUGCUUUAGACCUGGAGCCCUACCGCUACUCAGGCGUGAACCUGACGGGAUUCCGGAUUCUUAACGUGGACAACCCACAUGUCUCGGCCAUUGUGGAGAAGUGGUCCAUGGAGCGGCUGCAGGCAGCUCCCCGGGCCGAGUCUGGCCUGCUGGAUGGAGUGAUGAUGACUGAUGCAGCCUUACUGUACGACGCUGUCCACAUCGUGUCCGUGUGCUACCAGCGGGCUCCACAGAUGACCGUGAACUCCCUACAGUGCCAUCGGCACAAGGCCUGGCGCUUUGGCGGCCGCUUCAUGAACUUCAUCAAGGAGGCUCAAUGGGAAGGAUUAACUGGACGAAUUGUUUUCAACAAAACUAGUGGCUUGCGGACGGAUUUUGAUCUGGACAUCAUCAGCCUGAAAGAGGAUGGCCUGGAGAAGGUUGGAGUGUGGAGUCCUGCCGACGGGCUCAACAUCACAGAGGUUGCCAAAGGCCGAGGUCCUAAUGUCACCGACUCUCUGACAAACAGAUCACUCAUUGUCACCACAGUGCUGGAGGAGCCCUUUGUCAUGUUUCGGAAGUCAGACAGGACGCUGUAUGGGAACGACCGGUUCGAGGGCUACUGCAUCGACCUGCUAAAGGAGCUAGCCCACAUCCUUGGUUUCUCCUACGAGAUCCGGCUUGUGGAGGAUGGCAAGUACGGGGCGCAGGACGACAAGGGCCAGUGGAACGGCAUGGUCAAGGAGCUCAUCGACCACAAGGCAGAUCUGGCCGUGGCCCCCCUGACCAUCACCCAUGUUCGAGAGAAGGCCAUCGACUUCUCCAAGCCCUUCAUGACACUCGGUGUGAGCAUCCUGUAUCGAAAGCCCAAUGGCACCAACCCCAGCGUCUUCUCCUUCCUCAAUCCCCUGUCCCCAGACAUCUGGAUGUAUGUGCUCCUCGCCUACCUGGGGGUCAGCUGUGUCCUCUUCGUCAUCGCCAGAUUCAGCCCUUAUGAGUGGUACGAUGCUCACCCCUGCAACCCUGGCUCCGAGGUGGUGGAAAAUAACUUCACUCUGCUUAACAGCUUCUGGUUUGGAAUGGGAUCCCUGAUGCAACAAGGGUCUGAGCUGAUGCCCAAAGCCCUGUCCACACGCAUCAUUGGUGGCAUCUGGUGGUUCUUCACGCUCAUCAUCAUCUCUUCCUACACGGCCAACCUGGCUGCCUUUCUGACCGUGGAGCGCAUGGAAUCACCCAUUGACUCUGCUGACGACCUGGCCAAGCAAACCAAAAUCGAGUAUGGGGCUGUCAAGGAUGGGGCCACCAUGACCUUCUUCAAGAAAUCCAAGAUCUCCACCUUCGAGAAGAUGUGGGCCUUCAUGAGCAGCAAGCCCUCGGCGCUGGUGAAGAACAAUGAGGAGGGCAUCCAGAGGGCCCUGACGGCCGACUACGCGCUGCUCAUGGAGUCCACCACCAUCGAGUACGUCACACAGAGGAACUGCAACCUCACCCAGAUCGGGGGCCUCAUUGACUCCAAGGGCUACGGCAUCGGCACGCCCAUGGGCUCCCCAUACCGGGACAAGAUCACCAUCGCCAUCCUGCAGCUUCAGGAGGAGGACAAGCUGCACAUCAUGAAGGAGAAAUGGUGGCGGGGCAGCGGGUGCCCUGAGGAGGAAAACAAAGAGGCCAGCGCCCUGGGGAUCCAGAAGAUCGGGGGCAUCUUCAUUGUCCUGGCCGCCGGGCUGGUCCUCUCUGUGCUGGUGGCCGUGGGCGAGUUUGUGUACAAGCUCCGCAAAACAGCAGAGAGAGAGCAGCGUUCCUUCUGCAGCACCGUGGCCGAUGAGAUCCGUUUCUCCCUCACCUGCCAACGUCGAGUCAAGCACAAGCCGCAGCCUCCCAUGAUGGUCAAGACUGACGCCGUCAUCAACAUGCACACAUUCAAUGACCGCCGGCUUCCCGGCAAGGACAGCAUGGCCUGCAGCACAUCCUUAGCCCCUGUGUUCCCCUAGGCACAGCUGGGGUGGGGACCACAGGCCUGGGGGCUGGGCAGAGGAAAGCAAAGGAGAUUGGAAGGAACGUCCCCUGUCCUCACACUGGGCUUGGGGACCAGAGCUGCCACCUGCCUGUUGGGCCAGAAGCCUCCUGCCCUUACCUGCCAGGAACCCAGCAGGCUGUCAGGCCAGCUGCUUGGGCGUCAUCCUCCUCAGAUCUUCUGUGGGUUUCUAAAGCUGCCAGCCGAGAUAGCCAAGGCCAAAGGAAGCACAUGCCUCUCUCAGGCCAAACUCACCCGCCCCUCAACUCUCCUCCAGAGUCAGAAGUUUCUGCCAUGGCCCUGCAGAGGCCACAGAAAAUGGAAGACGUAUCUUACGUUACCAUUUCUUCCCCAAGAGCCCAGGCCUCCAUCAGUUGACCAUGAGGCCAGAGACACAAGCCUUUGGCGCCUUAAGGAAGUUCCAACAUGGCUGCCAAUGGGAGUUCAUGGUGAGGGAUGCCCAUCCCAUAUGCCUGGGCAGAAGGAAGACUUCAUCCCUCUGGGGCUGUUCACAUGGUCCUGAUCUUCUGGACUUGGCGCCACCCCUGGCAGCCCCUGUUUUGGCAGAGUUGAAGACAGAGUCACACAGGGGAAAAGAGGAGCUUGAGGUAUGGGAGAGAAGAGAAUGCACAAACAGAGGUCGUCAUUUUGGAUUCUUAUGGACAAUGACCCAGUGGUUCCUAAUCCUCUAGGAGGUCUCUAAGAAUAUAAGUGGGGGAGUGGCCACAGAAAAUUCUUCUCGGCUUUCUGGCCAGAGGAGAGAAGACCCCCUGAAUCUCUAACAAAGGAUGCCCAAAGACUCAGCCACUAUUUGAAGCCCAGCAGAGGAAAAGCAGAUUCCACGGAAGUCCCACCGGCUCUUGUGCCAAUGGAUCUCACCUUCCUGGUUAGCAAGUUGUUAUCUAAACCCUGUUCGCAUUUGGAAACCUGGGCUCUUUGCCAUCUUCUCAACAACUCCCCAUUCCUAGCUGGUUGACCUUGGCCUCCCUCUGUCUUUUUGAAAGAAAAGAGUUGAUUGAAGUGAAAGUCAAGUUGCCCCUCCUCAAAAAGGAGUCAGUGUCCUACUACACAGGCUAACUUGGGGCUAGGUGGGGGAAACCAGAAGGGACCAAAAGAGCUUCUGGUCUCCUAGACUUACCAAAUGUAGAGAUGCUCCCCAGAAAAAGAAAGUUUCCAGGGACAUAAUAUCAUAGCUGGCAGAGGCCCCAAGGGUGGGGAGGAAGAAGCUGCCUCCUAGAGAAUUAACCAAAGACCCCACACAGAGACAUGAGGCCAUCCUGGCCCCUUGUCUGUUGUCCAGAGCAACUGUGACCUUGUGGGGCUUGGGGAAGACAGCAGAGAAGUAGCAGCAGGUUGGGGACCAGCCAGGGGGUGGACCAGAUGAUCUAUGAGUUCCAGUUUGCUGUGACAAAUGCUCUAGAGGUCUGUGACUUUAAGAGUCUUGGAAAAGAAUGAGACAUAAAGGAUUAGGAACAAAGUGUCCUUAAAGAGAACACGAUGGGCCAGCAGGUUUACCAUGGCCAAGGAUGGAGGGCAGGCUUUGAACAGUGCAGGGAGGUUCUGGGGAUUCUGGAUGAGAACUGGGGCACACCAGCCACUCCACUCCCACCUCUGUCCGGUGCUGCUUGGGAAGCCCGGUUAGGGAAGAGCUACAUUUGGAUCUCAAGGGCUUUCUCAUCUGGGUGAAGGGUAAUCUCUAGCAAAGCAGGAGACCACAGUGGGCUCAUGUGAUAAACACUGUCCGUCUUCCAGACUGUGAACUGCAGGGCCAAACCAGCGGGUUCCCAAAAUCCCAGCAGUUCUGGCUGGCUAUGUACAUUGGACGAGGGAGAGGAGGGCUAGACAUACGCCAAAGCCCCACGCAUGUAAUAUUAGGAAAAGCCAUGCUGUCAUAAGCUUCAGGGUACUGAGGGCGUGUGCAUGUGUGUCUGUGUCUUUGUGUUUGUAUGUGUGAACUUCAGGGGCUGGGGCACAGGACAGAUCUGGACAUAUAACAUAGUCCAGGCCAUGCAAUAAUAGGUGAAUCCUUGGGGAUCUGAUGUGUGCAUAUGCGUGUGUAUGUGUAUCUGAGUGAGUUGGGGACGAGGGAGACAAUCUGGGUGAGCAGCAAGGCCCCAUAUAUGUAAAAACAGGAGAAGCCAUGUCAUGAUGGGGCCCUGGUGAGUAUGCAUAUGUAAGCAUGCAUGCACACGUGUGUGCAUGCUGGUGAGUGUGUGUGCAUAUGUACACUGAAUGGCAUAGGAUGGAGGACAGGAUCAUACCUGCAGCUAGCCAAAUAUACGUAAAAUGAGAAACCAUGUCACUAAGGAGUCCGUGUGUGAGUGCAUGUGCACACGUGUACAGGGAGAGUUGUGUGACAUGGGUCAAUGCGUGCUGUAGGCAAGAAGUCAUGUGGAGUUGAAGUUUCCGAGUGUAUGCAGGACACACACAUAUGUUCCAGGUCACAGUGGAAGCAGAGACAGACAAUCAGGAAGGCCAGGCACCAGGGUCUGUUUGCACUUCUGUCAUGAGAGAGAUCAUUUGUCACAGAGAGUCACCAAGGUUGCACGGGCACACUUGCCAGGAGAUGGGAGCGCAACCCUUCGGGGGCUCAUGCUGCUGAUGCCUUUGCUGUAGACAUCAUGUCCUGUUUGCAGGGAAAACUUUUUUUUGUAAUUCCCGGGUAACAGGAUUCUAAUGAAGGUAUUUGCUAAUUUGCUGUCAGCAAACACAAUCAUUAACCACCGUCUUAUUUUGUCCAGUACAGUUUCAUAGCACGUGCCUCAUUCUUGCUCUUGUCUCACACAUGUGUUGUGUGCGUGAUGCUACAUGAGCAUGGUCUUCUGAGGUUAUGCAUAUAUGUGGAUUGUGACAGGAGGAAGAAGUGGUGAGAAUUUUUAUAAAAGGAACAAAGAAUAGUGGAUAAAUAGAGGCACAAUUCAAUUACAGAAAUCCCCCAAAAGGUACAGACUGGUCUUUAGACUCCUGUGUGGAAGCAGGAGAGCACGCUGCCUCAUCUCCUCUCCCAUGCAAGCCUGGCAUCCUGAGGUUCAGGUGUUGUCGGUGUGGCUGAUAUUCAACUUCUGGUCAAUGUCCUGCGUUUGUCCUACAGACCAGCCUAGUAUUAAAAGUGCAGUGGGGACCACUGCGGCCCAAGCAUGAGCUCUGUCUCUCCCGGGGGACUGAAAGUGAUGCUACAUCUGUGAGGGGGAACGGAGUAGGAAGGUUUUUCCAGUGAGGCAGAUCUUGUGUUUCUUUAAGUUUAGGUCUGUCCUGCCAGUGGGCAUGGAGCUGAGCUGGGGCAGGUGCAUACGUGUGUGUGUAUGUGUGUGUAUGCACGUGUAGCGUGUCUGCACACACAGGCACUGAGAGGUGAUGGGAAACAUGAAAGCUUAUUUGGAUGGAGCAGAAGAUGGAACCUGCCUGAGCAGAUACUGGACUGCCCCUGCAUGGUGCCACAUGCCAGCCCUGAACAGAAGAAUGUCCCCACCUCAUCCCCAAAUGCCAGUGCCUCCUCUCCACCUCCUCAAGCUGGCCAAGUUGAGGGGCAGUGGUAAGAAGACACCCACCCCACCACCCCUGCUGAGGCCCUGGGGCUUAAGGACAGUGAGCCCUCCCGAUCACUCUCCACGUGUCCUGCUGCUGGUUUCUCUGCUCUGGACAGAAGAAAAUCCUGAGAGCGUUGCCAAUGUUCAGGUGGCCCCAUGCUGCAAGAGUCUCUCGAGAGGAGAGAUGCCACCUUGGCCAAUAUGCUGGACUUUGAGUGUCUGAGGGGUAAGAGGGCCACCCCCUCCUUACAGCCAAGACUCUGUCUAAGCUGGAAGCACAAUCUGGCUCCACCCCCAAUCCCUGCCAUGCCCCAGGCCCUGGUAAAUGGGAAUCCCGGCCCAGGCCAGGGGAAAGGGCCAAACGGGUUAGAAGCUGCUCCUUCUCCACCAGGUGUGCGCUCACCAAGAACAAUCAAAAGCUCCCUUUCUGCCUACUUUUCCAGGGAUAGUGGGUCUGAGUGGUGGGUCACAGCUUCCACUUCAUCACUCAGCUUGAAGUUGGUCCCUCCCUGACCCACUCCCAGCUACAUGCACAAACAUCUGAAAGUAGGCUGGUCUCUGUGGCUCACAUCUGGAAUGUUCCUGUGUGGAUACCCAUCUGCAAAGGGGCUAGAGGUUUGAACAAACAGCUGCACGGACUUAUCAUCUGGGAUGGGCCCAGCCCCAUGGACAGAUACAAGAAAUAAGCCCAACUCUGUGGGCAGGUCUCUGGAUCAGACACAUCUGGAAGUUGCAGGUCAGGUGGACACAUCUGGAAGGGGCCCGGCUGCUGGCCGCCAUGGAAGGGCCAUGCCCUCUGUCCCCAUGGCAGUUUAAAUCUAGCCCUCCCUUCAGUCCUGAAUUUGCCCUGGAGUUAAAAUUUCCGAGCUGAGGUCGUACAUGAAGUCACAAAACUUUUAGGUAGAAGGUUAAUGUUCUGUACAAUAUAUAUAUGAAUGUAAAAUGUAUAUAUAUACUGUAUAUAUAUAUAUAUGCACAGUGUAUAUAUGACCUGUAGCCCAUGUGUAUACAACCCUUUCUUGCACGUCUGCACACAGAGUGUACAUAACCCAGCCAGCAUGGGUGGGGACCAGGUGAGAGAUGGGGGCUGCAGCAGCAAAGUCUGGGACGGAGGUCUCAGAGAGCCCCUUGGGGUGAGGAAGGCCCUCCACACAUCAGAGCUGCAGACCCUGAAGAAGAGGGCAGAGCUAUAUGGUGCUGCCAGGUGAGUCCUGCACCGCCAGGGCCUCCUGUGGGAGGGGCAGGAUUGGCCAACGGACCUCAUCUCCAUCCGAGCCUGUUUGAGGCAGGACAGCUGGGUGUGUCUGAGAAGCAAUGUCAUGCUAGUACUCAGCCCCUGUGCCAAUAUUACAUUCUAGUUCCGGGGCAAUUCUUCAGGAGCAGAAGGGCUGGGAAAGAGCAGACCACUCCCCAGGCCCGUUCUCACACCUGCCUGCAGAAUCGCAGGUAGGUUUCAGGCUCCACCCAGGAUACCUUAGAAGGUGGGGCUGGUCUCGGCAGCAAAAACAUCUGCCUCUGGUUCUCACCCACAUGCAGAAGCAGUCACAACUUGCACACAACACAGCUCACAGCUAGGGAAAGCACCUGUUAAAGAGAAUGCCCCCAGGGCGUGGCCAGCAUGCCGAUACAGUGUUCCCAUGCCCCUGUUAUUGAUCCUGUCCUCCUGCCUUCUAGGAUAGUGGACCUCACAUCACCUCCCAGAUUGUCUCUAUUUUAUGAAUCGAAACUCUGAGGCCUCCAGACAUGAAGAAGCAGCCAUAGAUUCAGUCAAAUGCCAGCCAAGGGUUUGCCUCGCCUCAGACAACCUCCCCAGCCCCAUUUGACCCAGAGACCAGCUGCCAGGGAGUGACCUCAGAGCCAGAGAGGUGAAAGAUGAGAGGCAAGAAGGUAGCUCCUAGCCUAGCACGGCCCAGACUCCAUCUGUCUGCCCUUCUCUCCCCUGCGGCAUCCUGGCAGGGCAGCUGGCAGAGUGCCCCCUCCCCAGGAGGCUGCACACCUCUGUCCCUGGCUCACCCAGAUCGGUCUGUUCUCUGCAGUUCCAUUCCUUUAGCCUCUUUUGCAGAUCUGAGCAUCUCUGGAGCAUGCAGGGGAGGAGAUAUCUGAAGUGAGCUUCCGUGCAGUCAGCAGCCUGCCCCAGCUUCAGCCUCAGGCGUCAGGCUGGUCUGCACUGAACUCUGGAUCUGCCUCUGGGGCCCUGACCAAGCACGCCUGACUCCAGCCCCAUGAGGAGCAUCCCGUCUUGGUUCCAUAGGAAUCAUGGGCCCUCUUACCACUGUGCGUCAAGACCCCCCAUCCCAUCUCUGCCUGGGCCGACUUCCUGGUUGGGCCUCCCAUGGUAGGGGCCUCAGUUCCCAGGCUCUGGGCUGAGCGUCCAGGCAGCACCAUGGGCCUCUGAGACCCUAGACCUGUCCCACCACCCAGACCAGAGUGCCUGGAAGCCCCCCACUCCCACUCAACAUGGUUCCCACACACUGGUCUCUGGGCCAUUCAGGGGAUGCCCUUUGUGGACAUGCAGAAUUUCUAUGAAUAUAGUUUUUUGUAAACAUUUUGUAACAAUUUGGGUUUCAUAGUAACUGUGUUACUUGCCAAUCAUUCUAGGCUGAUGUAAAUAAAUUUCCAAACAAAUUCGAUUAUUUUCCUUUUUAAGACACUGUGAUAUAUCAAAGUGCACAGUUUGCUGUAUGAAGUAAUAUGGUUUUAAAUUUUAAAUAAAAUGUUUCUAGAAAA